UAAGAAAUUUGGCCCAUGGAGGUUAACAUUUUUAUAGCGAGAUUUGAUUUUCCCUCCAUUAGAUCUGAAAACCAGGAAAAGGAAAUGGAAGCGGUGGGUGGAAGUGGAAGCAGCGAAGUUGAAAACGAUUUGGAAAUGAAGCUCUUACGAGACAGAUUCAGACUCUCCGCAAUUUCUAUCGCCGAAUCUCAAGUGAGCAAAAACGGCAUGGAAGUAUCAAAAGUCGUGGUCGCUUGCGUAGCUGAUUUGGCCUUCAAGUACACCGAACGGUUAGCUAAGGAUCUUCAACUCUUCGCACAGCAUGCAAAUCGUAAAUCUGUAAAUAUGGAAGAUGUCAUACUAUGCGCGCAUCGAAAUGAACAUCUAUCUGGCUUGUUGAGGACCUUUUCUAAUGAUUUAAAAGUUAAAGAUCGUCAAUAUGAGAGGAAGCGAAAGAAAGAGGUUAAGAAGAAUGAUAAAACAACCAUUUAGCGUAUAUAUAUUGCUAUGAUUAGAAAUCAGCCACUUUUCUUGGACUUGUUAGCUGUUUUGAUAUCUAUUAUUACUCCAUCUUUAUGGUUCCCUUGGAGCUUAAAACUAACCACUGCUAAAGGGUGUUGUAGCCUAUGCGAGGCAAGGAAGUGUGCCUUAUAUACUUGUAUAAAUAUAUUCGAGUUCAAAAUUUUUUUUUGCAAUGCUUAUAUUUUUUGUGUGCUUGUAACUUAGAAGUUUAAUGACAGAAUUCCCUGACUCGGGUCUAAAAGUGAGAGUGUGGACUGGUCUUCUAA